AUGUCGCAAGUGCAGCACUUGAAAGUGAUGCAAUACAACAUUCUCGGUCGCCACUUUGCCUUCUCCAAGUACUUCAGCUAUGCAUGGCCUUACCUUGGUGGGUCGAAGGCCAAGAACUUUUGCCCAGCUGCGAAGGAUGCCCCUCAACUCCCCACCCUGCUCGAUUGGAACAUGCGACUGCCAAUGCUCGUGAAGACCUGCCUGGAGUCUAGUGCUGAUAUCCUCUGUCUCUGUGAGAUGGAUUCUUAUGAAGAUUUCCGUCAAGCUCUCGGCUCAUACUAUGACGGCUAUUUCGCUCCACGUGCAGGAGGACGUGAUGAUGGGUCUGCUAUCUUCUGGAGGAGAUCUAUCCUGAAAUUGAUGAGUGCGAAGACACUGCAUUAUACUGGAGGUAGCGAGCGGGUUGCAGCUAUAUGCCGUCUGCAGAACUUGUAUGGUCAAACAUUCACCGUCGUUGGAACUCAUCUGUACUGGAAAGGUUCUUGUCCUACACAGAGCCAUGAGGUCGAUGAGCUCACAACGGAACUUAGAGCUAUCCUUGACCGAGAUGAGCCGGUCAUUCUUUGUGGCGAUCUGAACAACCAUCGAGACAGCGACACCUUCAUGCGGAUCAGAGAUUGUGGUAUGGAGGACUGCUUUACCGCGGCAGGGCUAAAACCACCGAGAUACACAAGCUUGGUACCUCCGUCCUACGUAUUGAGCUCGCGGUCCGGCAGUUAUAGGCUACUUCCUGGUCGAGAAGACGAGAUCGACUAUAUUUUUGUAGGCGGUCAGUCAUCCGACUUGACCUUCAAAGUCGUCGAUGCAGUCGCGAUUGACUCGUGUAACGACGAGACUGGAAAUGGAGUUGUCACCGGUGCUGACUCCCGGGACUCCAGCGUAGCUGAGCGAGGAAUUCCCAAUAUGAGUCACGCUAGCGAUCAUCUUCCUGUUAUGUGCGAGGUUGAACUAACUGGCCCAUAACACGGCUCUCCCUGAGGGGUAUGUUAAAUACUCUGGCCAGUUUUUAUGCCAGCAUUUGAGACCCUACCACCGUUGGGCAGUACACUUUUCUGUUACUA